AUGAGUUACGCAAAGAAGGACGAAGAUGCGGAGGCGCCAGGGUUCAAGUUGGACCGCACGUCCGUCUUUCAGGAUGCACGACUAUUCAACACGUCGCCAAUAUCUCCUCGAAAAUGUCGUACACUACUCACCAAGAUCGCUGUCCUUCUCUUCACCGGCGAGAAGUUCCCUACGAACGAGGCCACCACCCUUUUCUUCAGUAUCUCGAAAUUGUUCCAGAACAAGGACCCAUCCCUGCGACAAAUGGUGUACUUGAUCGUCAAAGAGCUGGCGUCGUCCGCUGAGGAUAUUAUCAUGUUCACGGCCAUCAUACAGCGAGAUCUCACAGUCACAAGCGAUGUUGUCUACAAGGCUAAUGCCAUCCGAUCACUGUGCCGCAUCAUCGAUGCCACCAGUGUUCAGGGCAUGGAACGAUUGAUCAAGACCGCAAUAGUCGACAAGUCUCCCGCCGUCUCUUCUGCAGCACUUGUAUCCUCGUAUCAUCUGCUGCCUCUAGCGAGAGACGUCGUCCGCAGGUGGCAGUCGGAGACACAGGAGGCGGCAGGCUCGUCAAAAUCCAGCGGCGGCUUCCUCAGCUUCGGUGGCAGCUCACAAGCCCUGGCUGCAUCCGGCACAAACUACAUGAACCAGUACCAUGCUAUUGGGCUACUCUACCAGAUGCGCUCUCACGAUCGAAUGGCUUUGGUCAAGAUGGUGCAACAAUUUGGUGCGGCUGGCGCAGUCAAGAGCCCGGCAGGAGUCAUGAUGCUGGUCCGACUGGCUGCCAAACUCGCAGAAGACGACCCAAGCACGCGGAAACCUAUGAUGCAAAUGCUUGACAGCUGGCUGCGGCACAAGAGCGAGAUGGUCAACUUUGAGGCAGCCAAGGCGAUUUGCAACAUGCCAGAUGUUACCGAUGCGGAAGCUGCUCAGGCGAUACACGUUCUGCAGCUAUUCUUGACAUCACCGAGGGCUGUCACUAAGUUUGCCGCGAUCCGGAUACUGCAUUCGUUCGCGUCGUUCAAGCCACAGGCCGUCCAUUCUGCCAACCCUGAUAUUGAGGCCUUGAUUUCAAACAGCAAUAGAUCGAUUGCUACCUUCGCUAUUACCACCCUGCUAAAGACGGGCAACGAGGCUAGUGUCGACCGAUUAAUGAAGCAGAUUCAGAGCUUCAUGUCUGAGAUCACAGACGAGUUCAAGAUCACGAUUGUCGAGGCCAUUCGCACUCUGUGCAUGAAGUUCCCAGCGAAGCAAGCUGGCAUGCUAACAUUCCUCAGCGGCAUUCUCAGGGACGAGGGCGGGUACGAUUUCAAGCGAGCGGUCGUGGAAAGCAUGUUCGACCUCAUCAAAUUUGUGCCUGGCAGCAAGGAGGAGACCCUAUCACACCUUUGCGAAUUCAUUGAGGACUGCGAGUUUACGAAACUGGCAGUGCGCAUUCUGCACUUGAUCGGAGUCGAAGGACCCAAAACACCACAGCCGACCAAGUACAUACGAUAUAUCUACAACAGAGUUGUGCUUGAGAACGCACUUGUGCGAGCUGCAGCUGUAACAGCGUUGGCCAAAUUCGGUGUUGGACAGAAAGAUCCUGAAGUCAAGAAGAGCGUCAGGGUGCUUCUAACAAGAUGUCUUGACGACACAGACGACGAAGUACGAGAUCGUGCUGCUCUGAAUCUGCGGCUGAUGGAUGAGGAAGACGAUGUCGCCGAACGGUUCAUCAAGAAUGACUCGAUGUUCUCGUUGUCGACAUUCGAGCUCAAGUUGGUCAAUUAUGUUACGUCUACAGACAAGUCGACAUUCAGUGCUGCCUUCGACAUCUCGAGCGUACCAGUGGUAUCUCACGAACAAGCGCUCGCAGAGGAGCGGACAAAGAAGUUGACGACAGCUACGCCGACACUAAAGGCGCCCUCCACUGGGCCAGCGAAACCAAAAGCAAACGGCACUGCAGAAUCUUCUGCCACAUCAGCGGCUGCUGCACAAAAAUACACGGAGAUAUUCUCCAAUAUUCCGGAGCUUAAGGCGUACGGAGAUGUGCUCACAUCAAGUGCUGUCGUACAGCUCACAGAAAGCGAGACCGAAUACGUUGUCAGCGCUGUGAAACACAUCUUCAAAGAUCAUGUUGUAAUACAGUACGAUGUCAAGAACACUCUUGAAGCAACAGUCCUGGACGAUGUCACUGUUGUAGUCGGACAAUCAGAGGACGAAGAGCCUGUACUCGAAGAGGAGUUCAUCAUCCCAGCGCCCAGACUCAAGACAAAUGAGCCCGGUGUUAUUUAUGUUGCCUUCAAAAAGGCCGAAGGCAACGCAUUCCCCACUACGACCUUGUCCAACAGCCUCAAAUUCACCAGCAAAGAAAUCGACCCUACGACAGGCGAGCCAGAAGAUUCUGGGUAUGACGAUGAGUACGAGGUUGAGAACAUAGAGCUGUCGGGCGCGGACUUUGUUGCGCCAGCAUUUGCGGGCAACUUCGACCAUAUUUGGGAAGGCACAGGCGCUAAUGGCGAGGAAGCCAGCGAAACGCUCCAGCUGAGCAGCGUGAAGAGCUUGGCCGAUGCGGCCGAGCAAUUAGCUAGUACGCUUUCCCUGCAACCGCUGGAGGGCACAGAUGUGGUUCUUUCGAAUACGACACAUACGCUGAAGCUGUAUGGCAAGAGCGUUACAGGUGGCAGAGUGGCGGCGUUAGUGAAGAUGGCGUUCAGCAAGACCAGUGGCGUUACUGUCAAGGUCAGCCUGCGGAGUGAUGAGGAGGGACUUGCUAUGAGCGUGUUGCAGGCGUUGGCUUGA